CUCGUGCACCUGGUGAAGUACGAUCACCUUGAACAAGAACCGGUGUCGCACCGGGAAGAAGAACAAGACUCGGUCAAAGAGGGAGACGAGAGUGAAGCCGAGAGCUCAACCAGCCGUUAGCUAGUAGUUAACGAGUCGGAGCAUUAUGGCGUCUGCAAUCUCAACGAAAAUUGACCUGGGUCAGGUUUCGUAUCUACUCGUCACUGGUGCCUCAAAGGGAAUUGGUCAACGCAUGGCAAUCGAAACGGCCCGAAAAAUAAAACCCGGUUCGAUUGUAGUUUUGCUUGCCCGCUCUGCCUCUGGACUGGAAUCGACAAAGGCGGAUAUUCUUGACGUUAAUCCGCGAAUCACCGUAGUUACGAGCUCAGUAGAUCUUGCCAACGCCUCCAAACACCUUCUAGAAGAUAUUAUCGAAAAGUCACUGGCUAAGACACCGGUUUCCAACUUUAAGCUUGCAGCAGUUAUUCACAAUGUUGGUACGAUUGGCAACGUGGAGCGUAAGGCAAUCGACAUGAAUGAUCGCCAAGAAUGGGAAGACUAUUUUGCCACUAACGUGUUUACGGUCGGUGUCCUAAAUAGUUGCUUUCUGUACAAAUUUAGGGAGUGUGCCAAGAAACUAGUUGUGAAUGUGACUUCCAAGGCGUGUUUAGUUCCAUUCAACAGCAUGGGAUUUUAUUGCGCCGGCAAGGCCGCCCGAGAGAUGUAUUUCAAAGUGUUGGCGGCAGAAGAGUCUGAUCUUGUCGUGUUGAACUAUUCUCCUGGUCCGGUAGAUACAGAUAUGACCGUUGACAUCCAAGGUCGUUCCAAUGAUGAAAGUAUUCGCAACUACUUCAAGGGCCUGCGUGAUGAAAGUACCAUUCUAACUACUCAGCAAACCACGGCGAAAUUUUUGAGCAUCCUAGAAUCAGGCCAAUUCAAAUCUGGGGACCACGUUGAUUACUACGAUUAACCGAUUUGCUAUACCUUUCAAAAAUCAUUCCACUUGUUUUGUUUCAUUGUUUAAUUGUUUUUUAUUAUUAUAUACACAAUAUAUCGCAAAUAAAUGUGCAUUUUUAGCUGAAAGCAUA